AGCCCUCCACAGUCCUCAUCACCCCUCUCCUCUCUCAGCCCUUCUCCGAGUCACUUCUGAAUCGCCCUCGGCUGAGUUUCCGUUCAGCCACUGGAGCAUCUCAGCAUCAUGGCUGCUACUGGAACAUUUCGCAUGGUGUCUGAGGAGGAACAAGCAUUACGUGCUAAGCUCGAACAUCUGACUGUUAAGGACCACGGCCCGGUGUACGGACCCUGUAAGAAAGUCUUGGAUCACACAAAACAGAAGGCUAAAGAUGAACUAAAUGAAACGGAGGAGAGGAAAGUGUCUUCUAUAAAGGAAUUGAGGGCCAUGAUAAAAGAAAAGGCGGACGAAGGGGACGAUCUGGCCAAAGCUGUGCAAGAAAAAUUCAGGGACAAACCAGAUUCCCUUCUGCUGAGAUUCAUACGCGCACGCAAGUUUGACGUGAAGAGAGCACACGAGCUUUUGAAAGGUUAUGUGCGCUUUAGACGAGACUAUCCGGAGCUGUUUGAGAAUUUGACCCCGGAGGCCGUGCGUAGUACAAUUGAAGCCGGUUACCCACGAAUCCUCUCCACCAGGGACAAGUAUGGGCGAGUGGUGCUGCUCUUCAACAUUGAGAACUGGGAUCUAGAGGAGGUCACUUUUGAUGAAACUCUUCGUGCCUACUGCGUAAUCCUCGAGAAACUUUUAGAAAACGAAGAGACCCAAAUCAACGGCUUUGUCCUCAUCGAGAACUUCAAGGGCUUCACGAUGCAGCACGCCUCUGGCAUCAAACACACCGAGCUGAAGAAGAUGGUGGACAUGUUACAAGACUCUUUCCCGGCGCGAUUCAAGGCGGUGCACGUGAUCCACCAGCCCUGGUACUUCACAACCACCUAUAACGUGGUGAAGCCCUUCAUGAAGAGCAAACUGCUGGAGAGGGUUUUUGUUCAUGGUGACGAGCUGGAUGGCUACUUCAGGGACUUUGGCGCUGAAAUCCUUCCUCCGGAUUUCGGGGGGACGGGUCCCAAUUGUGACGGCAAAGAGACGGCGAUCAAGCUGUUUGGCUCUGAAGAUACAGCCCUUUAAAAGACCCAAGCCAAUAGUACAACACUUGGACAGACACCAACCUUUUGUUUGCAUGUUUAAUAUUAAAAUGUUUUAUAUAGUCACUACACUCUUAGAAGAAAAGGUUCUAGAAAGGAUUCUGUCAGGCGCUUCAUGGCACCUUUUUAUGGAUUUUUUUUUUCUAAUUUCAUUUUAUGAAUUAAGCUGCUUGUAAGCAUACUUUAUCAAUAGAAAUAAUUGAAAUAACCUAUUGAACAUGAAAGUAACACGCAAUCAUUUGACAUUUUUCUUUAUAUAGAACCUUUAUGGUCAAGCACCCUAUGUUCUAUAUAUUAACCCAAAUAACCAUUUUUUUCCAAGAGUGUAUAUAGGAAAUUAUUACAUGUAUAGUUUAAUCCUUUUGACCACUUUUCUAUUACAAUAAAAGUAUAAGAAGCUGUACCUGUUGACAGAUGUACAGUAUACUGCAGAGAUUAAAUAUUACUCAUCUCACUGAAAUGUAUCAUUUGCCUUGAAAACCGUGGCCUGAAGUUGAUCAAAAGAAAGUUUUGUGCUGGUUGUGUUUUAAAAUUAAGUGUAAUAAUUAGAGAAUCAAAUACUAGUCUUGUCCAAGAGGUAAUACAGAUGUUGCGUAGUUGUUUUACACUGAAUGGGUUGUAUCAAGUAUAAAAUAUUGUGGCUUUCCUUUUUAACCCACAUGUUGGUUCUUCUAGACCAGAGCUUUAGCCUGUCAAGUGUAAUUGACAUUUUCAAAUACAAAUAAAAUAUUUUCAAUAAAAUGGGCAAAAGUA